CUUUCUCACGGGUGUGUGCAGUGUGGAUGGACGCUCAGUGUGUGCAGGGGAAGCUCUGCAGAGUAACAGGUUGGAGAGACUCCUUGGAGGACCUGGGGUUUGAUGAGCUUGAUCAACCUGGUGGUGACAGAGGAAUGAAAUGCUUCUUGGGCUUUAGCUGUGAGGGAGGAAUCUAAAGAAGACUGCUUGUUGUUUCUCUUCUUGUCUAAUUUGAGGAUGUUUUCUUGUCAAAGAAGUUGUCUCAGCGCUGCACUCAGGCCGGCCAGUCGUUGAUGGAGUUCUUGCAGGGGAGCGGUGACUACUGCCACGCCCAACAUCUCAGCGCUUGAGCCCAGGCCCCCCGGGGGGAGGAUGGCCCUGUUGCCCUGCUGCACCUCCCACCCCUGAAUGCCCACAGCCAGGUCGCCCUCUCAACCCAGACCCAGCCACCCCCACUCUGACUGUAGACUGACCGACGGACGGCAGGCCCACUAACUCACCAGAUGGGGUAGUGAGUGUCGGUGGCCAAGGGCAGCGUAAGCUAACGGACAGCUACCUCUUCACCCUGUCCAACCCCCACUCUAUUCCCAGCACACCAAGACACCCUGGACAGGAGAGACUUGAGAGGACCUUGUAAAUUCCUCCUGAGGUGGGGUGUUGUUGCUGGGGUUUGUUCCUCCACCUCAGAGAGACUAGCAGGGGUUACCUGCCUUCUUGGCUUCCUGCCUGGCUUCCUGCCUGCUGUGUCAGGACAGUGUAGUGUAGCUGGUGGGCUGGGUGCUCCUCUGUCAGGGUGGGUGCGGGCCCCUGGGUCUGGGUCGACGUCGUGGCGUCUUCUCCUGAGAGUGGGAUCCUCAGUGUGUCCAGAAUGAACCGUCCGGCUCCCCCCGUCGAGGUCUCCUACAAGAACAUGAGGUUCCUCAUCACACACAACCCCACCAACGCCACCCUCGACACCUUCAUCGAGGACCUGAAGCAGUAUGGUGCAACAACAGUGGUGCGGGUGUGUGAGGUCACCUACGACAAGACACGUCUGGAGAAGGAUGGCAUCACAGUCAUGGACUGGGCCUUUGAUGACGGUGCCCCUCCGCCCACUAAGAUCGUAGAUGAUUGGCUGAACCUGCUGAAGACUAAGUUCCGUGAGGACCCUGGCUGCUGCGUGGCGGUGCACUGUGUUGCCGGGCUGGGACGGGCUCCUGUGCUGGUGGCUCUGGCUCUGAUCGAGGGCGGGAUGAAGUAUGAGGAGGCAGUUCAGUUCAUCAGGCAGAAGCGCAGGGGAGCGAUCAACAGCAAGCAGCUGACCUACCUGGAGAAAUAUCGCUCCAGACAGCGACUACGCUUCAAAGACCCUCACAAACACAAGAACAAGUGCUGUGUGAUGUGAUGAUGUAGUGUGACCCCGCAGCCCGCCUGUUCUGACCCAUAUAGAACGACUACAUGAACUUUAAUGUUGGACCGACCUCCACCCUGCUAAGAUGCAUUUAGGACUUGACCUGUUGUCUGUCUCCAUGGGGACAGUUGCCACUGUUCUGUUGGGAUUCUUCUGCUUCUCACUCUCAGGGCUGUUAGAGACCAUCUCCUCUCUGAUGUCUUUGAAAGAACACGUUCGUCCCCAACUGCCGGCCAAUUGAACUCAUAGAGAGGAAAAACAAACAAGCCCUAUUUCCAUCAAGUACACACACACACACACACACACACACACUGACAAACUAUUUUGCACUGAUUGUGACAUACUGUGACAUACACACACAUCGCCAUUGACCACCAGACCAACCCCUCAACCAGCAGCAACACUGUCAGCUUGGUCCCAGGCCUGAUCGUUCCUCUUUCCUCCCUGCUGCUAGGUAGCACUGACCCAACCCAAUGAAACACACCGACCCACCACUAGCUGUCACAACAGGUCUGCAUCACCAUACACCAUGUUAACUGAAAGCCCCUGCUAGCCAUGAUGACAUGAAUGAAAUAAUCAUGAACAAUAACAGAUUUUAUCCUGUCUGUGUGUUUUUAUCUCAAUGUUUCAAGGAAAUCCAGUUUAAGGUCUUUGUUCAAUUGAAAUGCCAUCCACAGAGCUCAGCCAUCUUGCUCCUUGCUCCGUUUUCAUAAUGCAUGUCAGUUAACACUUGUUAGAAUCAUGUCCUUGUCUCCUUCUUUUUUUGAGGCUAUGGGGAUGCGGGAUGGGACUUAAAAUAGGACGAGGUUUUGUGCCGAGUCGCCGUUUUUUUAAAUAGCAAUAUUUUUUACAUUGUGAUAUGAAACACUCUGGGAUUAGGAUUCUUCACCACUGGCUGCUUCUGUUGUACAACAUGAAGGAUCUCAGUGUAUCAUGUAGGAGUCAGCUGAGCCUGGGUGGGCUUGGUAGGCAACACCGCCUGUGUCCCAGAUGGCACCCUAUUCCCUAUAUAGUGCACUACUUUUGACCAGAGGUCUAUGGGCUACAAUGCCUUGAAAUAUACACAAAAACAUGGACUCGCACUGAUCCUAUGGGCUCCGGUCAAAAGUUGAGCACUAUAUAAGGAGUAGGGUGCCAUCUGGGACGCGUACUAUGCUUUGGGAACGUAAACAUGGCGGUGCCCCGUAGUCGUCUCUGGGAUGAAAAACAGCCAACUGAACCGUCUGCUCAGAAAUAACGUCCUGGCUCUGUAUCUGUCAGUGUGGAUAUAAAUGUCUCUCAUCUUGCCUCUGAAAUAGCACCCUAUUCCCCUUUUAUAGUGCACUACUAUAUAGCACACUUUUGACUAUAGUCCUAUGGGCUCUGGUCAAAAGUAGUGCACUAAAUAGGGAAUAGGGUGCAAGACGCAGUCUCAGUUAAGGACAGGUACUGAAGGAAUGACUGGUAUCCUUGGAAGAAAGCUGUCACAUUUAUCUGCUGCCUUGGAAGUAACCCACUUCAGAUUGUUCACAGUUAAUGAAGUACAAGAAAUAAAGUAAUUGUUUAAAGUAA